AUGGUACAGAAGCUUGAGCUGAUCAGAGGAGGAGGAGGAUCGAUAAAGAUAGGAGCAACAGGAACAGUUGCAACUCUAAUGACUCGAGAGCUAGACUCCAUGAAACAACAACCUUCUCCUCAAACUCCGACAACGACAACCAGACCCGUUAGGACAACAGUCCCUGUCUCAGUAGACUGUGGCACAUCUUCUUCUUCCACUCCAAGAAGACAUAAAGCAAGAAGAUCAUCAUCAGACGAAGCUAGCAGCAGCAGCAACAACAAUGUGAGAACACCAAAGGGUCAUCACAACGCCAAAAUCACUCAUCAGCUUCCAAUGCUUGGCUCUGAGAACGUUAGAACACCAAAGGGUCAUCACAAUGGUAAAAGCACUCAUCAGGUUCCAAUGCUUGGCUCUGAUAAUGUGUCGUUGCAAGGAACACCGAGAAGAGAGAAGAGGAUGAACAUUGUGGAUAUUGUGGAUGUGAAAUGCGGGAAUCCAGAUCGAGCUUGGGCUAAUCCGAUAACUAGUAGACUCAAGAAGCUUGGCUUCUCUAAACUCAGUGAGAGCAUUGUUUAA